GUCUUAGAGGCUGGAAAGAUAGGCAUCUGACUUUCAGCCCUAAAGUGGAUUCUCUGCAUAUCAAUCUUCCUUAGUCAUGCAACCCGCAUCAAUCUGUCUCGUGACCAAAACAUCAGAAGUGAGCUAGGGACACCUUCAGAACGGCCAACUCCCGUCCAAAUGUCUUGGGUGGUUGAGGCAUGAAAGUUGCAGGAACCCCCUGUGUGCUAAUCCUUUUUUAUUUGCAGAUGUUGAGGUCUCCCCAGUCCCUCGUGGCCCUGCAAGACUAUCCAGGGAAGAGACUGCAAGCUGCCAAGCCAAGCCCAACUGUUCGGAGUGAAUCUCUGGCCUUGUGCACCACACGCCUCUGACGCAAGCUUUUGCAAAAACAAACAACCGCUUCGAUUGAUAAAGAGCCCAAUCAAUUGUUUUCCCUUCCUGAGCAAUUUGUGGUGGGUGCGCUUCUGUUCGUUUGGGCUGCUGGCAGCUAACGAGAGGCGGCUUAGUCUGUGUUUACAGUCAAGAAAGGCGAGCGGCUGGCAGGCAAGGCCCAAGUGGAAAAACAAGGUUUCUAAUGAAAUAGUCAAGGAAAAGCGCAUGUGGAAACCCCGGGAUUGUUGCCCCGCGCCAGCGUCAAGAAAACCCUGCAGGCACAAAGGAUUUUCCUUGGAGAUCCGUUGAAGACAAGUCCUUGCCAUGAAACCCCUCGCAGAAGAAGCUGUAGAACAAUACAUUCAGAAUAAGGUGGACCUGAGGCACCGAGCUGUGGCCAAAACCGUGGAUGAAGUGCAAAAAAUCAUACAACGGCUUACCAACGAAAUUAGCAACAAGGAUUCUCGUUUCCAGGCGAUUUCUAACUCUGGGAUUCAUAACGAAAACAUGAAGGUCUUAACACCUGGCCAGUUCCUCAUCACCGUCCCCUUGCUUGGCCUGUCUGGGUACAAAGAAGGCCAGGUACGGCAUUGGCGCUACUACACGACGCAUGGAGCCAAGCUCCUGUCCCCUGUCAGGGACCCGGAGGAGCUGCAGCAGUGGUUGGAAGCGGAGCAGUUCUCCAAGAGCCUCCAGCAGUGGCACGAGGCAGAUGUGAACAUCGAGGGCGACCUCGUGCCUGCCAAGGUCCUGGCUGUCUUCCGAGAACUUGUGGAGAAAGCGAUCGUAUCUCACAAUCUCACGGAGCGAGUCAGCAUUUUGGAAGGCUUCAGCCCGGUGGUCCAUGUUGCUGUGGAGACAUCCGACGUCCAGGUUGAGGUUGAGCUGGUUCCAGCGAUUGAGAUCCCAACUUGUUGGCCUCGGAAAAUCAAGUGGCCCCGAUGUUUCAAGCGCUGGCCUAGCCAGGAGAAAGUGCAAUGCGUCAAGUCUUUUGGCUUUGACCUCUUAGCCUCUUCCAACUACCACUGGUACCUGAGCUUUGCGAGAGCUGAGCACAUCCUGAUGCAGGGACUCGACGAGGACGGCGGUUGCCGCAUGAUGUGCUUCCGGGUUAUGAGGCAGAUGAAGGAAGAUGUCUGGUGUGCGGGAAACAAGCCAGUCCUCACAGCCUUCCACCUGCAGAUGGUGCUUUUCUGGACGUGCGAGAAGUACCCUCGCUCCAAGGACUGGUCCUGCUUCCGCAAAGGCUUCCUGCGGAUGGUGCGCAAGUUGCACAAAUGUGUGAGCCAGCACUUCCUGAAGCAUUACUUCAUCAAAGGCACCAACCUGCUGAAGUAUGCCAACACCAACGACCUGGAUAUGGUAGCGGGCAAGCUGGCUGUCUUCUUGGAGAACCCUACACUUCCUCUGGACUGAGAGAGAUGGACAAGCAGACUCCUGAACCAGGUUUUGCCCUGUUCCUUAGUUCCUCCGUGUGGUGAGUAGUGAGGAUAGAGGCAAACGGACCGGCAUCUGGGAGCAAACUCUUCUGUCUUCUGCCUCUCCGUGAUUAGUUUGCUUAAGUCUCACCUUUUGGAUCUGGAGCCAGCCAGCCUCUUUCGCAGAAACUCAGCCUGUGGAGAGUGGAUGGGCAGAGUGCUGCCCACUUCUGUUUUGUACCUUCUCUAGGUGGGCUAAGCUCGAAAGCAGUUUGCCAUAUUUGGAUCCAGAGUUUGCUUCUCCUGGUCAGCAAAAUUGGGGUGAAAGAUAAAGGACUUUUGUGCAUUUAUCAGUGCGCUAAAAAGUUGGGGAGCAUCUUGAAAAAUCUGAUGGGGUGUGUGAGUGUGUCAGAGUCCUUGAUCUGUUGGUGAAUGAACCUUACUUGCUGGUUGCUAAAUACCUCCAUUGCUUCUUUCGGUUUUCCUUCCUUCUUGCCCCCAAAGGUUACCUUCUCUUGUUUUUAGGAAUAACCAAUGUCUGACUGCAUGGACAGCAGGAAAUAUAUAUAAAUGAAAAGUGCACCAUCAUAAAUGCAGCUGGGCAAUGCAUGCAACUGGAUCCAAGUCAGAAAGCCUGCCAGUUAUGAUCUUGUCUGGAAGCUAGUGGCGUGCGUUGCUCGUUUGAGUUUGUGUUCGCAAAGAGCGCAAUAUCUGCCAAAUGUAACAUGGGAUGGAGCCCUCGGGUGUGUGAAUGAGAAGACAGGCUCCCCAUGUUUGGUGCUGCCUUUGUUCUUGCCAUGUUGCCAGCUUUCCUGCAGUGGCAUUCAGAAGUAGUCCUGACGGCAAAGGGAUACUUAUUUUUCUGCGCAAUGUUCAGGGUUUUUUUAACCAGAGACCCUUUAAUGGUUCAAUAGAGCGCAUUCUAGAAUAAAAUGUUUUUACCUCAA